AUGGCAGUUUCCACAUUGGGAAGCUUCUCGGGAAGGUUCCCUCUUGGGAAACGAACCGGAAGCGAAGGCGGCCAGCGCACACCAUCUUCCAACAACAUCAUGUCUCACGAGCGUCGAUUCCCGUUUCCCAACGGGGAUGAUAAGGCGUACAUUAGGUACCUCGAAGAGUUGGUAAUUAUGGGACAGGUUUUGAAGACACAUCAGUUGACUGGCCCUGUGAGUCAACAGAAGUGGAUGAGGCAGCUAGACCACUUCACUGAGAACAUUCUCAAGCUCGUUGCCUCCGAUGAUGCAUGGAAUGAACGGCGGCAGUCCUCCGGCGUUGCUACACCCGCCCGAAAUGCAACGGCCUUGAAUUUGAUCCUGGGUUGCCAGGUAAACGCCAUUUACGCCGAUAAUCUUCCCGCCGGAAACCCGGUCCUUGCGCCGAGCCCUAGCGGUGAUUACCAUGAUUUGGUCCUGAAUGGGUACAGAUAUGGGGAAUUCAUGAUCAGCUGCAAGGAAGACCGGGAUUUCGCGAAGACAGUGGUAGCCUUCCAGAACCUGGUGUUCUGCAGUUACUGUUUGGUCAUUUCGGAAAUCAUGAAGUCCAAAGGCUCCGGCGCAGAUAAGUCCACUCCGGCCAUCAAUAAAAUGAUGAGGGCCUAUCUAGAUGGAUCGCAGGACGACAAGACUCUGAGGAAGUAUCGUGGCGGUGCGAAAUGGUAUAAUCGGUGUAUGGCAACCCUCUUGGCAAAUGGCUGGGGGUACAAGGCUUGGGAGAUCUUUCUACUCGGUAUGUGUCGAGGCUUCUCGGACUUUCGGCCACGCUGA